AAAAGAUGGCGCUAAUCGAAAAUGUCACAUUUGACUUUUAAUAGAAAGUAGGGUUAUGUUACCUAAGAUCCUCAAAAAAAUAGUUUAAAAUGGUAAAAAAUUUCCCUAAACCGAUUAUUUAUUUAAGUGGAAUUGCUGGAACGUUUGGUUUGGCUUGUUUAAUAAAAGAAAUACUCGGUGGAAUGCAAUAUAGAAAAGAUGUAAGAGCAAACGAUAAAGUAGUUAUUGUUACUGGAGCUAAUACAGGUAUUGGUAAAGAGACAGCAUGGGAAUUAGCAAGGAGAGGCGCAAAGGUUUAUAUGGCUUGCCGAGAUAUGAGAAGAUGUGAAAAAACAAGAGAAGAAAUUGUUGUUGACACCAAAAAUAAAUAUGUUUACUGUAGAAAAUGUGAUUUAUCUUCGUUAAAAUCAAUCAGAGAAUUUGUAGAUAAUUUUAAAAAGGAACAAGAACAUUUACAUAUUUUAAUAAAUAAUGCUGGGGUAAUGAGAACUCCCAAAGAUUCAAAAACUUCGGAUGGUUUUGAAAUGCAGUUUGGUGUGAAUCAUUUAGGCCAUUUCCUUCUUACAAACUUAUUAUUGGAUAUGUUGAAAUCUUCAGAACCUAGCAGAAUCAUUAAUGUUUCUAGUGUAGCACACAAAAGAGGAGAAAUAAAUAAAGAAGAUUUAAAUAGUGAGAAAAAUUAUGAACCUUAUAAAGCAUAUGCACAAAGCAAAUUAGUAAAUAUUUUAUUUACAAAAGAAUUAAGUAAAAAAUUAACUGGAACAAAAGUUACAGUAAACUCUCUUCAUCCUGGAAUUGUUGAUACCGAAUUAAUUAGACACAUGAGUUUCUUCAAUAGUUGGUUAGCAACAAUAUUAAUAAAACCAUUUGUUUGGCCUUUUGUAAAAGGACCUCGACAAGGAGCACAAACAACAAUAUAUGCAGCUUUAGAUCCUGAAUUAGAAGGUGUUAGUGGCAAAUAUUUUGCUGACCAAAAGGAGGCUGAAGUAAGUCAGAAAGCUCAAGAUGAUGAUAUGAGCGUUUGGUUAUGGGCUGUUAGUGAAAAAUGGACAAGAUUAAACAUUUAAAUGUUUAUUUUACAAUGUACAAGAUAUUUUAAUUAAUACAUUUGUGAUCCCAACUCA